CAAUUUGAUUGGACCCCAAAAGAUAAAGGGCUCAGCUCAAACGAGUGGCUCAAUUCAUGCACCCACACCAAACAAAUCCACCACAUUCUGAAAAAAACCAUGGCCUCAACCUCCAGCACAACCAAACUCAACAAUGACCAGCGCACUCUCAGUCUCUAGCUCUUCUUCUCUUUGGUACCAUUACACUAAACCCACUUCAAGAUUAGCGACUGUUUGCUUAAAGAUCAGAGCUUUAUCCUCACCAUCAUCUUCUUCAAGCUCUACUACUUCCAUGGCCACUAAGGUGGGACCCGCUGUGAUAGUUGGUGGGGGCAGGGUGGGAAGAGCUCUUCAAGACAUGGGAAGUGGGGAUGAUUUGUUGGUGAAAAGGGGUGAAGCUGUGCCUCUUGAUUUUGAAGGGCCUAUUUUGGUUUGUACAAGAAAUGAUGAUCUUGAUGCUGUUCUUGAUUCCACUCCUAAGUCCCGCUGGAACGAUUUGGUCUUUUUCCAGAACGGAAUGAUGGAACCGUGGUUUGAGAGUAAAGGGCUAGGUGAUGCAGGCCAAGUUUUGGCGUAUUUUGCAGUAUCAAAACUUGGUGAACCUCCUAUUGAUGGGAUAACUGAUACGAACCCUGAGGGACUUACAGCCGCUUAUGGAAAGUGGGCAUCUGCUGUGGCUGCAAGAUUGCAAGCUGGAGGUCUUACUUGCAAAGUCCUGGAAAAGACUGAAUUUCAAAAGCAAAUGUUGGAGAAGCUUAUAUGGAUUUCAGCAUUUAUGCUGGUUGGAGCUCGCCAUCCAGGGGCUACAGUUGGGGCUGUUGAGAAAGAAUUCCGCUCUGAGGUCUCUAGCCUCAUCAGUGAACUAGCAUCAGCGGCAGCAGCAGAGAAAAGUAUAACAUUCGAAGAAGCUAUGGAAGAUAGAUUAUGUGCCUAUUCACGUGCUGUCUCCCACUUCCCAACGGCAGUGAAAGAGUUUAAAUGGAGAAAUGGUUGGUUCUACUCGCUCUCCAAGAAAGCAAUUGCAGCUGGGAAACCUGACCCAUGUCCACUUCACACAGCUUGGCUCAAAGAACUAAAUGUUAUUCAAGAUUGAGACUUGCACAUGCAUUAGAGUAAUAAGGGACUGUUUGUUGAUACGGAACUAAAAUAGAAAUGAAUAUGACCUCAACAUUAUUGUCACUGCACUUGAAGUUGAAUUAAUCUUGCAGGGCCUGAUUGAAACAGCUCGAACACUGUCAACAUUUUGUACUUUUUCAUCAUCUUAUUUAAGAUGUGAUCACUAAAAAAAAUGAUAAUUUUAGCUUUUUA